AUGGCCGUCCGCAUUGUCGAGGUCGGUCCCCGCGAUGGCCUCCAAAACAUCAAAACAACAAUCGACGCUUCAAUAAAGCUGGAGUUGAUCCAAAGACUGCAGAGGGCCGGCCUCAAUCGAAUCGAGCUCACGUCCGUGGUGUCCCCGAAAGCCGUCCCCCAGCUCGCAGACUGCCGCGAGAUCCUUUCAGCAUCCGUAAUUGCCGACUGGCUGCGGUCGAGGCCUAGUCUGCAUCUUCCCGUGCUCGUUCCGAAUAUCAAGGGACUCCGUGUCGCUCUCGAACACGGGGUCAAGGAGGUUUCCGUGUUUGUCAGUGCCUCGGAAGGGUUCAGCCGGGCCAACUUGAAUUGCAGCGUCGAAGAGGGUGUACAACGUGCCCGGGAGGUGGCGCGCGAGGCUAUUGCAAGCGGUAUCGCCGUCAGAGGGUGGGCUUCCCAAUUUCUGUGCUUCUCUACGCUCUUUCUUGUUUGGUUUCGAGCUGACAGCAACGGGUUCCUUGACAGAUAUGUCUCAUGCAUCUUCGCCGACCCAGUCGAUGGCCCGACCCCUUCAUCUGCGGUUUACCGCGCCGUACACGAUUUAAUAAAUAUGGGAUGUUAUGAAGUCAGUCUCGGGGACACCUUGGGUGUCGGAACUGCGCCGGACGUACGCAGGCUAGUUGAUUACCUGAAGAGCCACGGCAUCGAUCCCGAAACUCUUGCUGGCCACUUCCACGACACAUAUGGCCAAGCUCUGGCCAAUGUCUGGACGGCGUACGAGUGCGGUCUGCGGACUUUUGACAGCAGCGUCGGUGGCUUGGGGGGGUGUCCCUUCGCUCCCGGAGCGAAGGGCAACGUGGCCACAGAGGACAUCCUGUACUUGUUCCGACAAGCCGGGAUCGACACCGGCGUAGACCUUGAUCAGGUGGUCGAUAUCGGUGUGUGGAUCUCCCGAGUUCUGUCGAAACCAAACGACAGCCGAGCUGGAGCGGCUCUUGCCUCCAAAGCGGCCGCUUCAUCGAGGACGACGACGGAGACAACGACAGCAUCGGCCGUGAAAGUCGCCACCGAACCGGAGACCACACUCGAAUGGAGAACGUUGAGAGACACGGAUAACAUCCGUGUCUGCCGGGCUGGCACCAAUGGCAACAUUGUGCUCAAUGCGGUACGAAAUGGCAAUACCCUCACGUUCCCAAUGAUAUCGGACAUCACCGCGGCGUUUCAGUCUUUCAAGGACGAUCCGUCGAUUUCCCGGAUCGUCCUUAGCGCAAACGGGAAGUUCUUUUGCACCGGCAUGGAUCUAAGUCAGGCGGCGCGGGCAGUCGGCCGAGGUGACGACGCGAGCACAAAACUCUACCAGGCGCUGACCGGGCUAUUCGAGCUCGUAGACAGCUCCCCAAAGGUCACGAUUGCCUGCAUCAACGGGCCGGCCUUUGGAGGCGGCAUCGGGCUGGCUUUCGCAUGCGACAUCCGAAUCUCAAUCAGCUCGGCGACAUUCACACUGUCCGAGGUCAAGCUGGGGCUCUGCCCUGCCGUGAUUUCCAGGUACGUGGUUCGGGAAUGGGGGUUGGGGCUCUCGAGGGAGGCGAUGCUCACGGCGCGCCCGGUCUCGGCCCGGGAGCUGAAGGCCAUGGGUGCGAUUUCGCUGGUUGCCGAGACGUCCCGGGAGCUGGAGAUCACACUGAGAGACCUGCUCCUGAGUCUUAGGCACUCGUCGCCGAGAGGUUCCAGCAUGUCGAAAGAGUUGGUCAAGCUGGGCUGGGGCCACGGCGGGACGUCGGCGCAGCAGGAGGGAAUCUCGACGCUUUUCGAGUCGAUGAUGGAAGCGGGGUCGGACGCCGCGUACGGGAUUGGGGAGUUCCAACAGCGGCAUAGAGUAGAUUGGGAUUCUGUGAAUAAGGUUCCACAGGCAAAGCUCUAG